AUGGACUGGAAGUCGACGCAACGAGUCGUGAACAAGCCACAACAGACAUACCUGCUAGUAUCUCGAGUAACGUCCAGACACGCUUUCUCAACACUAACCCCUUUUACCCCCGAGCUUGCAGCGUGGUCCAAACCACCUGCUAACGCACUCAAUGAAGAAAAACGACUCAAUCACCUCAGCAACGUUGCUUUAGCGACGUUCCAGUCAUCACUGUCCACCCAAGUAGGCAUGAACGUCAUGGAAGACGUGCAUUAG